CGCUAGGUUGAAAUCUGCUAUCACUGAUCAUGAGUAAGCUGUUUCGCUCAGGGUGCGACAAGGCGAGCAUGAACGGGCUAUCUCAAUCUCGCUCAGUGCGCCAAGCGCGUGAGAAGACAGAGAAAACCGAGUGGUGGGGAUGGACUCACAUAUUGUCAUCCAUUGGCCUUAGUUAUACAGAAAGGUUUAAAAGAAAGGGGGCGUAUCAGGACAGACAUAUGCUUUCGCCCGCUGGCCGCUCUCAGGUUUCUCUCUGUCUACAUCAUACUACUGGGAAAUGGCGUAUGGACAUAGCUGUAUGCAGUCCGGAGCUAUAUAACGAACUAAACUAAUUAAACUAAACUACCAGUCUAGUUAUACUAUAGAAGUCUAUGGAAAAGACUUAACUUUGUUCCAUUCCUCUAUCUAUGCACCUUGGAGCCGAAUAUGCUGGCAGUUGGAGCUGUAUAGUGGGUGGUCGGUUAUUAGGAGCCGUACAAUGCAAAUUCGUAACGAGUGGGUGUUAAGCUCGUUACAUAGAGAUAUAUUAAAUACCAAAAAAAUGUACGUCAUAUUUUUACAUUAAUUACCUAUUUUCACUAUCUAGUUUUAUGUAAUUUUUUCCUCGGAUCAAAUUUUAUUAUGGUUAUAGAUAUUGAAAUAAACUUUUAGAGUUAUGUAUUAAAAACUUAUAUAACCUGAACUUAUAUAACUGAAUAACAGCACAUGAAUA